AAACGGGGACACGUUCGGAAUUCCAAAAAAUAUAGAUAUCGCGCUUUCCCUCCCAAAAUCCCCGCCCUUCGUCAUUUCUAGGGUUAGCAAAAAUCUCUCUUUUCUCUCCAAUUUUCCCUCACUUUCUGUUCGUUCAAACGCCGAAAUUGGUCUUCUCCAAUGGCGAUCAAUCUGACGGAGGGUGCGAUGAUGAUGAUGUGCCGGGGCGAGUUGAAGGCCGAGGAGGUGAAGCCGGUGCUCCAGGUGAUCGACGUGAAGCAGGUUAGCACUCAGGCGCAGCAGCACAGCAACACUGAGAGGUUUAGGGUUGUGCUUUCCGACGGCUCGCACCAUCAGCAGGGAAUGCUCGCAACGCAGAUGAACGCUCUUGUCAAGGAUGGCAGGUUGCAGAAGGGCUCCGUCGUCCAGUUAACGCAGUUCGUCUGCAAUGUCGUCCAGAACCGCAUGUGA